CUCGAAAUAAAUCAUAUUGUGAAGGUCACCUAAAUAUCAAUUUCUGUCCCUUUGAUUUGUUCAAAAUUGCAAGGUUAUUGAAAUAAUUCCAAGUGCUUUGAGACUCAGACAACUAAGGAACUUUUAUACUUAAGCUUAAGUGAGUUUCAAUUUAAUUGAGAAUUCAAGGAAAUUCGCAAAGAUCUUCAACUGCAAGACCAUGGCGUCUAUAAACUUGAAGUUCAUUAUAUGCGUUGUUCUCGUCUUGAUCGUUCUGGCGGAACCUCUUCCAUGGGCAACAGAAAGAGAGGUUCGCUGCAACGAUCCUGGACAAAUUUCUAAUGGCAAUCGAAGUCCUGCUGAAAGUAUCCACAGCGCUGGAUCCGUAAUUCAUUUUGAUUGCGUUCCUGGAUACACUAUCAAUGGUACUGCAAAUCUCACUUGCAUGAGCAAUGGACAGUGGAGUGAUGAGGUUCCUCUCUGCCAAGAAAAAAGUGUCAUCUGCAAAAAACCAGGGCAGAUACGACAUGGCAUGCUGAACACAACCAAUGAAACGUACAGUGCAGGAGAAGCUGUCUUUUAUCAAUGUCUUCCUGGAUUUGAAAUCCAAGGGGAAGCGUCUCUUACUUGUACUCAAAAUGGAACAUGGAGCAAUGACCUGCCUGAAUGCAAACGGAAAGAAGUUGUCUGUAAAGAUCCUGGAAGAGUGAAAAAUGGCAAGCAAAGCAUCUCAAGAAAGAGAUACAGUGUUGGCUCAAGAAUUCUUUAUCGUUGUCUUUCUGGCUAUAGAAUUGAUGGCAAAGCAUUUAUCAUUUGUAGAAGUAAUGGAAAAUGGAGUCACAAAGCUCCCUUAUGCGAAAAAAGAGCUUUACGCUGCAAGGAUCCGGGUAGAAUCAGGUACGGCAAAAGAAGUGUUCAGAUUAAAAGGACUCAUCGUAUUGGCUCAACAAUUCUUUACCGAUGCUAUGCUGGCUAUAAAGUUAACGGUACAGCCUCCAUCACUUGCAAGAAAGAUGGAAAUUGGAGCAAUGAAAUUCCAACUUGCCAACCCAUCUCGUGUGGGAAGCCUUCACACAUCAAGCAUGGUAACUACACUGGCAAAGAGUUUACCUACCGCAGUGGGGUGACUUACAAGUGUGAUGUUGGAUACCAGCUGAUUGGAAAACCCCAGAGACGAUGUAGAAGUAAUGGAAAAUGGACCAAGAAACCUAAGUGCGAAAUUUACAAAUGCAGAAUAAAAGGAACUCUCGGGAUCAGAUAUGGAACAAUAAAAACCACAGACAAAACGUACUCGCAUGGUUCCACACUUCUCUUCAAGUGCAACAAAGGUUAUGAGCUGGUGGGGACAGAUUCCAUAGGUUGUCUYGAAGGAAAAUGGUCUGCUCGAAGGCUGCCCUACUGCAGAGUCAAGGCCUGUCCGAAUCCUGGGUUUCCUGACAACGGUCGCCGAAUUGGAAAUAAUUUUCGCAUUGGUCGUACUGUACGGUUCACUUGCCAGUCUGGAUUCAAGCUCACAGGAUCACCAGUGCGUACUUGUCUGAAGAACAAACAGUGGAGUGGAAGCGUGGCUGUCUGUGACGAUGGAAGUUCAGAUUGUCCAAUCCUGGGUACCCCCACCAGUGGUAUCAAGAAAGGUAAUCGAUACAGCUUCGGAUCCAUUGUUCGGUUUGAGUGUAAAGAAGGAUAUAUACUGCAAGGGUCGAGUAUAAGGCGUUGUACUUUUAAUGGCACAUGGAAUGGAACCGAAGCUAAAUGUGUUGACGAAUUUCAACACUUCGUUAAAAACGUUAAUGCCACCGCAAUUCUUUUCCGCAAAAACCUCGAUGCUUUGAUGGAGUACACCUGCUCCUCAGGGAACUCAACAUGUAACAUUAGUGGCUUGGACACCAGGGCGAGAGCCAUAGAUCUUGGUGCACAAGGAGGAUUGGAUGUUCUGUUUGUUCUCGAUUCCUCCUCCAGUAUUGAAAAUAAAGAAUUCAAGCUUGCAAAAGACUUUGCUAUAGCAAUUGUCAGACAGCUUGGUGCGACGUGGAARCCUAAAGGUACUAGAAUCGCAACCAUCGUUUACGGUACUAGACCAGAAUUAGUAUUCAAUUUUGGAGACCAUGGAGCAACUUCAACAAAUGGUGUUAUAAAGAAGCUAAGAAAAAUAAAAAAAUUGGGUGGUGGCACUGCGACAAGGCACGCUCUGGAAAUGGCUAGAAAAGUUGUGUUCGUGGAGAAGGAAAGUAAACGACAACGUGCUAUGUUUUUUAUCACUGAUGGUCGUUCUAACAUUGGGGGAAAACCGGAAGCAGCAGCGAUAAUUCUAAGGGAUGAAUACAAAGUUCAAAUUACUGCUAUUGGAGUUGGGGAAAAUGUACACCCUCGCGAGCUUUACGCGAUUGGAAAAAACGAAAAAGACGUUAUUAUGGUGAACAGCUAUGAAGAACUGAAAAAAGCAAUUGAUAAAUCUGUAAAAAUUGAUUAUACUGUAUGCGGAAAGAGUGACUAUGAUCCGCGAGCAAGAUUGGUUGGGGGCAACAUAGCUGAUCGUGGAAGAUGGCCAUGGCAGGUUGGACUUCACAGAAUUGAUAAAAAUAAUAAGUUAAAAUUUUACUGUGAAGGAGCACUAAUUGACAAGAGAUGGGUUUUGACUGCAGCACACUGCUUUGGAGAGCUUGCAUUGCAUUCCACACCAGAAAUGUGGACUGUAAAAGCUGGUGAUUAUGAUCUUGAGGAAGAAGAUCCAUCGGAACAGGAGUUGCAAACCGAGAAAAUCUCGAAAUAUCCAGGCUACAGGCACUUUCCAUUUUAUGAGAAUGACAUAGCAUUGGUUAAACUUAGCAAAGACGUCAAACUCGGUCCCUUUGUCCGCACAGUUUGUCUACCGAGAAAUAAUGAGGAAUUACUUGAACCUGGAGACGUUGGGAUUGUAGCAGGUUGGGGUGCUACUCAGAUACUUCGACUUGGACAAAGCCCAUCUUACGCCAAUAGAAGAUCUAAGGUUCUUCUACAGUCGGCAUUUGAAAUUCAGAAUAACAAGCUUUGUAGAGAAAAAACAAAGUUCCAUUUAAACUUGAAUGUCACUUUUUGCGCRGGAGAUGGCAAGGGCGGAAAYGACACGUGUAAAGGAGACAGCGGUGGAAGCUUUGUAAGGCAAAUACUACGUGAUGGMMAAUUAAGAUGGGUGWCUGYUGGCCUGGUYUCGUGGGGGGAGGGGUGCGGUUUGAAAGAUAAAUACGGAUACUACACAAGGGUAGCCCCUUUUGUUAGCUGGAUCAAAAAGACCAUGAGAGAAGAAAAGGGAAAGAAAUAAUGACUAAAUGAUAAUAAAACGUGUUUAAAAAACAUUCGUAGGCUUUUGUUAUACCAAUAAGAAAUAAGAAGAGGUGUUGGCUACGCAAUAAUGACUAUUCACUAAUAAUCAUACAUUGAUAUUGAAAAAUGAGAAAUUUUAUAGGUGUAAGACGCAGGUACCAACUAUUAUCUGUUAAUCAUCGUUUCUUUGACGCACUAUAAAGUCAUAUGUGUUUGAUUAAUCCAAAAUGACUAAUCCAGAUUGCAAAAAAAAAAAUCAGUUGCAUAAUAAAACGACUAUUUUGAUUCCUACAUAUACCAAACGCCAGUUGGACAGAAGGAUGCAGUUACUGCAUAGUAUAAGAGACUGAAAUAUCCAACUUGAUCUAGCUGUUGGGGUAAACUAGAAUCAUCACGGGUUUAAAUUUUAAAAAAUAACUUUGAAGGUUAAAUUGUAGAAAAGUGCAUUUCUUGAAUAAAAUGCGUGUACCAGAUA